GCAAUAUAACGCCCUCCCUAUCUAUCUCUUUCUCUAUCCCUUUUCUCUUGUUCUCUCCCCCUUUUCACAAAGCCCAACUGACCCUGCGACGUACCCCACCGCCCACACGCUCUGCCAACAACCUUAGUACCUAGCCAUCGUUCAAUUGCCCUUUUCUUUCUUAAUUAUCACCUUCCCGCGAGAAUAUAUCGACUACAACACCAUGGCCCAUUCCUUCUUACGCACACUCCUCGCGUUAGCCACACAGACAUGCCUCUUGCUGACAAUCCUGACGAUGGUUCCUCAGAACCAAGUUUCGGCACAGUUUGGUCUCUCAGUCCCCUGCAACAACUGUCUCGUUAGUCAAAUCAGCACGCUCCCCAGCUGUGUCGGCGUCAAUCUGACGGACCCUGCUCAACAGUCCACGCCCCAGUACCGGACCUGUCUCUGUGACUCGAGCUUCGACUUUAACUGGACUAAAUCCUGCGGCACCAGCUGUCAGACAAACGAACUCCAGAACUUCGAGAGCAAUUACCCCAACCUGCUCAAGACGGGAUUGAACCUGACCUGUGUCAAGCCAACGCCCACAGCUUCGCCUACGCCAACACCAACGAACAGCGCUAUGAGACAGAUGUGCGACAUGAAGGCGAUGCUAGGAUGGACCGUUGUUGUGUCGGCAGUGCUGGCUUUGUUGUCGACCCUUUAGAGGAGGGAUGACCAAAAAGAUGGUUGCAACCACUCUGGCAGUUUCGAGCGAGGGGCGCUCUAGCUUUCGUAAUUCCACCAAGGUCUCCUACCUAAUAAAUUAUAUGGGUGUACCGUAUUCACAUUGGUGGGCUGUAGAAGGGAGUGAGCUAUGUACUUUGUAUUCUGAAUAAGAGGCUGAACACAGGGGGAGCAUGCGGGGAAGAGGAGAGAGAGAGAGAGAAGCGGUCAAAGCAGCGAUCCGAGAUAACGGCCCUUUAGUUUGAUAGGGCUGCUUGUUUGUCAACGAAGGAAAGAACGUGACAAUCUGGGCAUCCAAUGCGGCGGUAUUGCUUGGCCCAGGGUAAGAGGUGGUGCGAAUUGCCAAAGAAAGAAAUGAAGCGAAAGAAAAUGCCAAGG